AUGGCACCACAGUCGAUGAGCCAUGCUGGCGUCUUCCUAGAAAGCGGAUGGAUUGGGUCUGGUAAGAAGUUCACAAAAGAUUUACCUGCCUAUGUCAAGACGGCCCUCGAGGCCGAACUUUUGCUGCCACCAGCAAUACUAUCCUUGGUACUACCAGUUAUCCGGGGAGAGUCUGGGUUUGUUGCUGCAAACGAGGUGAACCUUAAUGACCCGGACCUUCUGAAGAUGCUCGCGACAUCGCCGCCGUCGUCUAGGGCUGGAAAUUCACAACGGCCGCGCUCGGAUGUUCAGGAGGACUCGGAGCUAGUAAAUGUGAACGAGCCGGCAGAAGAUGAGACAUGGCAUGCAUUGUGCGCGACAUCCUCAAGAGUGCCUAAGAAUGGUGAAUUUGUGCCUCCAGUAGGCCGCUGGAUGGUACCUCGCAUUUUGGGGGUUGUCCCAGUAGGUCAUCAUACUAAGCCACGGAAGAACAGCAAGUUCAAAGAUGACCGCCGUUAUCUUUCUGACCGCCAAGUUGCCGACAACCCUUCAUGUGCUGUGUGGGAUAGGUUCUUCCCAAGCGCUCUGCUCGGUAGCGGAACUUUCGGAAAGGUUUACCUUCUCUUUGAUGUCGAACGCAGGCACAAAGUUGCCAUCAAGGUGAUUCGAUAUGCGGAGCGACUAACUAAGACGGAAUGUCUCGGUCUCAUCAAUGAGCUCAAGAUACUCCAGCAAUUGGCGGAGAGUCCGGCGCCAUUCUUAUUGAGACCAUAUCUUGGAUACAACAUGUGGGCGUGGUACUCCAUGACGGGGUACGUUCAUUUAUUGACGAAAUACUGCUCGGGUGGAGAUCUGCAUCAGUAUAUUGGAUACUUGACUACCGAAGAGGUGUGGCUAGUCGCUGCCGAAUUGAUUGAAGGUCUUGAUUGGAUGCAUUCACGAGGAUACGUGCAUCAUGACCUCAAGCCUACCAACAUCCUCAUUGAUGGCCAGGGACAUUGCUUGAUCGCAGACUUCGGUGCCUGUAAGAGUAUGAGAGACGGACGCUUGUCUUGCGCCGAAGGAGCCGAGGUCAUUGUGACAAGAGAGUACGCUGCCCCGGAGUUACUCGUUUGUCCCUCAGGAAAUCAUGCCGACGAAGCUUACUACGACGAGACGGCCGAUAUCUGGUCUCUUGGUGUGGUACUUGGUGAGCUGCUUAUUGGGACGUCAAAGUUCGACGGCAGGGUUGGAUUAUCUCGUAAAGACUUUUAUCAACGCCUGAACGAGCUCAUAACGUCAACGCUGACCCUGAUCGAAGGGGAGGGCGGGCGCCACGGGAAAUUCUGCGACCUCAUAGCACUUAUGCUGUGUGUGGACUCUCGCGCGCGAACACGGACGACCGGACUCAAGGCGCACUCUGGAUUUCGUGAUAUGAAUAUUGUUUUCACGAAACUUCCGUAUGUCAAUCGCCCUGCUAUCAAAUACGUCCGAAGACCCAUGAAGCUAGAUCAGCAACCGAGAGGACGGCCUGUUUCGUCCGUCCCGGUACAUUCCUUCGACUUUAUUGAUCAAUUGGGGAAGCAUGGUCUUGAACUUGGUGUCAAUGAAGAAUUCAAUGCUGCGGUCGUAGAUCUUGGGUUGCGACGCAACGCUAGGCGACGAUCAUGA